CAGCCCACACAUUAUCACUCUUUAAUAAAACCGACCCGACAUACAGUGGCGCCAUAACCGAUGUGCAGACUGACGUCUUUUUUCUCUCCGAGGUUUUGAUCCUCCUUAAACUAGUGGCAGCUGAGACCACCCUCUUCUUUGAGACAUCAGAUACUCUCAACUUCUGACAUAACAGGCUGUUUUCAGUGAGACAGUUGCAAGGGAAAGCUGCUCUUAUUAUUAGGAAAAGAAAAACUUAGUUUGGGCAUUUUUGAACACUGAGGGCUUGAGACCAUCUUCAGUUAAAAGGGGGUCGUUAGAGAAAUUUGUGUUUCACAGACAUACUUGGUGAUUUUAAUCCUGUCCGAAUACUGGCUAUUGUAAUAUCAGCAUCAGACUCGCAGCAUGACUAAGCGUGUGGCUGUGAUUGGAGCAGGCAGCUCUGGACUGACCUCCAUCAAAUGCUGCUUGGAUGAAGGGCUGGAGCCUGUGUGUUUUGAGAGUAGUGAUGAUAUUGGAGGACUCUGGAAGUUUAAGGAACAACCAGAGGAAGACCGUUGCAGCAUUUAUCGUUCUGUCGUAGUGAACACCUCUAAAGAGAUGAUGUGCUAUAGUGAUUUCCCCAUGCCAGAUCAUUUCCCCAACUUCGUGAACAACUCUACGUUAAUGCAGUACUUUAGACUCUAUGCCGAGCACUUUAACCUGCUGAAACACAUUCACUUUCAGACCACAGUUCGCAGUGUGAGACAAAGGCCUGAUUUCUCUAACUCUGGUCAGUGGGAAGUGGUGACCAUGGGCAGAGAUGGACGAGAGGAGACACAUGUGUUUGAUGGUGUGCUAGUGUGUUCAGGACACUACACAAAGCCCAUCAAACCCCUCUCAGACUUCCCAGGUAUUGACACAUUUCCAGGGACAAUAAUUCACAGUUGGGAAUAUAGGGACCCUGAUCCUUACAUUGGGAAGAGAGUUGUUGUUCUUGGGAUUGGGAAUUCUGGUGGAGACAUUGCUGUGGAGCUCAGCAGAGCAUGUGAGAAGACAUUCCUGAGUACCCGGAAAGGGGCUUGGAUCAUAGGUCGCGUGGUUGAUAGAGGGCUUCCUCUAGAUAUGAUAAUGAUGACACGAGUUCGAGAUCUGAUUUACGGCCUCCUGCCUCAAGCUCUGCUCAACAUGAUUUGGGAGAGAAUCCUCAAUCAGAGAUAUGACCACAAGCUGUAUGGACUACAGCCUGGAUACAGGAUCCUCGAACAGCGUGUUGUUAUAAACGAUGACCUCCCUGGUCGCAUUCUGUUAGGGGAACUGGUGAUCAAAUCAAAUGUGCAGAAGAUCCAAGGCUCGACGAUUGUCUUUGAUGAUGGGACUGUAGAAGAGAAGAUUGAUGCAGUGAUCUUAUGCACAGGAUAUGAUUAUAGAUUCCCCUUCCUCCCCACCUCCUUAAGCUCUGGUUCUAAUGGAGAUCUGAAACUCUACAGAAGAAUCUUCCCUCCAUCUCUAGAACGUCCAACACUGGCCAUCCUGGGCCUGUUUCAGACCAAAGGGUCGAUCAUGCCAGCUGUAGAACUACAGGCGCGCUGGGCCACCAGGGUCAUUGCAGGACUGAACCAACUUCCUCCGGCUGAAAAGAUGGAUAAAGCAAUUGAGAAAGAUGUUCAAGCGAAUUUAAAGAGUUUCCCCUGUCCCAAGCUGGCUGCGCUUCAGGUGGACUACAUUCCUUACCUAGACGCAAUAGCAAAAGAAGUGGGCGUCUCUCCCAACAUUGCUUCACUGCUCCUGACGGACCCUGCUCUUGGUUUGAGGGUUUUCUUCGGGCCGUGUUCUCCGUACCAGUUUCGACUGAACGGACCGGGGCACUGGAGUGGUGCCCGUCAGGCCAUCCUUACCCAGUGGGAUCGUGUGGCUAAACCCAUGAAGACCAGGCCCAUUCCAGAACAUCCAUCCUUCAGUUUAUUUUUCUGGCUGGGCCUGUCAGGAGGGGCUGCAUUGAUUAUUGCUUUAUUGGCAAUGCACAUGGUCCCACUGUUUCUGAAUAGUGAUUAGAUCCCAUAGAUAUAACAAUCUGUUUUUGGGUAGCUCUGUUUUGUGUUUUGCACUUUCACCUAAAUAUUCCCUAAAGGGGUCAUGUGAAGAAAUGUUUCUUUUUUUUUUUUUCUUGAUCUUUUGAGUCUUACAAGCUCUUGGUGCAUAAAGAAGAUCUGUAAAGAUGCAAAGACUAAAACUCUCAAAUCCAUAGAGCUAUUCUUUAUAAAAGUUAAGACUUGUCCAUGCCCUCCUAAAACGCCUCUUUUUAACAUUCUCCCAUAUGUCUGUGUCACUGUGUGGGAAGAAUGACAUAAGGCCACCCAAAUGUUCAUGCAAAGAAAGGAGGCAUACCUUGUAUUCUCGCUUUUGCCGCUGGCACCAUGUUGUGCAGAUGCUGUGUGUUUUAUUGUGAAAGCGAAUCUACUUCAGUCACAUUUCCACUGAAAUUACCGGGAACAAUUGUACCAGGAAUUUGUUGAGCUUUUUCCCCCCAGACCUGCUUUCUGCAUUUCCACCACGCUCUAAAAUACUGUGAAGAUUAGGCAGAUAGUCUGGUGACAUAGGUCUGCAUGCGUUUCACAUUACAAAGUACCAAUUUUGGACUUGCAUCCUCGGUAGUUUGGACUUUGUGAGUCUGAUCUCCCACAGAUGGGAUGACGCAAGUCCGUUAAAUCUGCAAACAGCAGGUCCUUGAUAACAUAAAUCAGCUUGCCUUGGCAACUGCAAUUUUCCUUGCUGUAUAUUUAUAAUAAAAUGAAAUAUAUCAAACUCCACUGACCCCUUUCGUAAUUUAAACAUAUUUAGAGCAGUAAAAAUGUAGUUUAGGGAAAUGUUAGGCCUUACAUUACAAUGAAAUGUAUUAAACAGCAUUGCUUCUUUUUAUUUUCAUUUUAACAUAUUAAUUAAAUAGACAAAAGAUUACUUGUUAGAUUUACUCAAAACAAAUUAUAUUUUGUCUAACCACUAAAGACCCAUCAGAGCAAAUAAGCGUCACAUAAAUAAGCAUCUUUAUUAUAAACUGCAGAUAAAAUUUUCGCCUGAAAUACUUUUAAAACUACAUUUUAUGACUCUAUAACUGUAAUAUUGUGAAAAUGAUCCGAAUAAAUGGUGGUUGAAAUUGCAAUGCUGCAUGAACUCAACCAAUCAGCAUGUUUAGCGCCCAAGUCCCAUCCCAAAAUGUUCCAGACCUUUAAAAAAGUACUACAUUGUGAGCAUGAUCCUCCUUUCCAUAAUCACAAUUUUCAUCUUUCAAAAUAAAAUGUAAAUACCUUUUAAUAAUGUUCUUAGUUUUAGCAUCAGUUCAACCCCAAAAGGGGACACAGAGUCUCAUGACACACAGUGAUGCGCACACAUAUGAGCUUCAAAACUCUGCAUUUGAACUGUCAUUAGCAAAUACUUAAACUAAUAACAAAACACACUUACAGUAGCUGAUUCAGAAGUGCCAGAUUGUCAUAGUAAAGUCAGAAUUAACUCUUAGGUUCAUAAAAUGGUCAUCAUAAAAUGUGUUGCUGUUCUUUUUUAAGUAAUUUUAAAGAUUCCUAAAUGCAUCUACUUUCAGAAGGCCAAAUAAAGUGCUUUUACUUUCUUCUAGAUACACACAGCAUCUCCCUGACAUGCUUCAACACUAACUGCGGUUAUUGAACAUUUGGGCGGCAUUACACAAGUAUCUCCACAUAGUGAUGUAGACAUGUGGGGGGGUGUUUAAACUAGGUGUUAUAGGGGGGCGUGGCAAGAGUUUUAACGUUUAUAAAGAAUAUUUCUUUGGAUUUUAGACUUUAGUCUUUGCAACUUUACAGAUCUUCUUUAUGCACCAAGAGCUUGUAACACUCCAAAGAUAAAGGAAAAAUUUAAAUCACAUCUUAUGACCCCUUUAAACGGCAUAAACACAUUUCAUUACACCAAAUACACAAUGUUCUUUUAGCAACAUCAUAUAUGACCCCUUCAAUCGGAUUCUUGGAUUUCAUUAUAAUUAAUAAUAUAAGGAGUUAUAUUUUAAAUCCUUGUCAAAUGUUAUAAGACAAGUAGAUUUUUUUUUUUGUUCUUAUAUCUCAAAACAAAUAUAUUUCCAGACAUAAUUACCUUUUGUUUCUCCAGAAAAAUAUUAAUAUGUUUUGAAAAUCAUCACAGAAGUAAAGUGUCAGCAUUUUGAUCAAUCAACGUACUUUGUAAUAAAACAGUAGAAUCCUGAGUCUG